UGCCCGUCCGCCUCAGAACAGCUCUGGCUGUGCAACAUGGGGCUGCCCUGGGCCGGGCUGUGGCUGAGGAGGCUCUGGGUGCUCCUGCAGGUGGCUCUGCAAGUGGCUGUGGGCAAAGUGCUACUGAUACUCUUUCCUGAGAGAGUCAAGAAGCACAUCGUGGCCAUGAACCAGAAGAACCCCCACUUCUCCUAUGACAACUGGGCCCCGACCCUCUACAGCACCCAGUAUUUCCGGUUCAUCCUGAAGGUCCACUGGCAGCGACUAGAGGACACGACUAAGCGAGGGGGUCUGGCCCCAAACAGCCCCGUGGUCCGCCUCUCAGGACAGAGGUGCAACAUCUGGGACUUCAUGCAAGGCAACAGGCCAUUGGUGCUGAAUUUCGGAAGUUGUACCUGACCUUCGUUUCUUUUCAAAUUUGACCAAUUCAAGAGACUUAUUGAAGACUUUACUUCCAUCGCGGAUUUUCUCAUCAUCUACAUAGAAGAAGCACACGCAUCAGAUGGCUGGGCUUUUAAGAACAACGUGGUCAUCAGGAAUCACCGGAAUCUCCAGGACCGCCUGCGGGCAGCCCGCCUGCUGCUGGACAGGAGCCCCCAGUGCCCGGUGGUGGUGGACACGAUGAAGAACCAGAGCAGCCAGCUCUACGCGGCACUGCCCGAGAGGCUCUAUGUGCUCCGGGAGGGCAGGAUCCUCUACAAGGGUAAACCUGGCCCUUGGAACUACCAUCCAGAGGAAGUCCGUGCUGUUCUGGAAAAGCUCCACAGUUAAUCUGGAAAGAUCCCCCAGUUCCAGGUGACCCGCAGGAGGGCUCUUCAAGGCUCGGCUCUCCCUCCAGCACAGCUGGCUUUUACCUCUUGACCUGUGUCCCCAGCUGAAUCACCAGCUCAGAUUUUUCUGAUCUAAGCAAACAGCUCUCAGCUGGGGAGUGCAGGCCGCAGCCCUCAAUCAGAGGCAACUGUUAUAAUCAGAACAUGAAGCAGCAAGUCAGCCGAUUGC